AUUCGUCCUAAGCGAAAACAAUUAUCUUUCUUUAUUUAACUUUUUUUCUUUUAUAUAUAAUAUUAAUAUCAAUGGAUAUUAAUAAUAUAUAAAUCUUUGUUUAACCUAUAAUAAAUAUUGUAGUUUUGUAAUAUAAAUCUUUUUGUUACCACCUAGUAAUAAUAGAGAAAAAUAAUAAUAAUAAAAAUAAAUAAUUUAAAAAACAACAUUGUUAAUAUAUAAUAAAAAUGGAUGUAAAUGAAAGAACACAUUUACUAGGACAACCACCAACAAUAUUAAACAUUAUAGAGAAUAUAGAAAAUGAUAUUGACGAUAAUCCAUCAUCAUCAAUGAUGAAUCCGUUGGGCAAAUCAAUGGAAACAAUAGAUAAAGUAGAUGAAUUAGAAUUUACAUAUUGGAUGAUGAAAAAAAGACAAUGGUCAAGAAUUCAAAGAGGUACAUUUUCAAAUGAAAAAAGAGGAUUUUCAUUACUGUGGUUUCUAUUUUUUAUGGCAGCAUAUGGAACAUAUUUAUUUUUACAGAUUUAUCACUUCGAAAGAAAGGAUGGUUAUAUUUUAGAGUUUAUAUUGAUGGGAUUCAUAUCAUUUUCACUAGGUUUAUUAGUACCAAGAUUUGCAAUGAUAGUUAGAAUAGUAUUUUUAGAAGGAUAUUCAACUCUAUAUCUAUUCUUUAUAUUCAACCUCUAUUACAAGAAACAGUAUUAUAUACCAUUAAUAUCAGUUGGAAGUGGAUCAUUAGUAUUUACAAUUAUUUGUUUCUUUGUAUAUCCAUACAUUAUGAGAUGUGUAUUCUCAAUUACAGGUGCAAUUACAUUGAAUGUGGAUAAAGAAGAAUGGGUAAAAGGUCAAUCCAAUCGAUUUGAAAUAGAAAAAAAGAGCAUUUUCCAAAAACCAACCAAAGUUAUCUACGAAGGUCCAUUAAUUGAUGGCAGACCACAUGGUAUAGGUACAUGGAUGGAUACAUCCUAUCAAGGCGAAUUAUUAACAGGUUACUGGGAAGAUGGUAUGCCAUUAGGUCCAUUCGAAUCUUUUGUUCAAAGUGAUACAAGAUCUUUACUUGUUAAUCUUCGUAUUAUUUAUGGUACAAAUGGUGGCGGUAAAAGUUUUAUUGAUAGAAUUCCAUUAAAUACUGGUGUAGCUUCAAUCGAAUGUUGUGUUUCUGGUAAUUUCUUUAAAGGUUACCCAAAGGUAUCAAUGAUUAAAGGUCCUGAUCUUUGUAAAUGUUCAAAUCAAAAUUGCUCAUGUAUUAGCUCAUUAUUAAAAAAAAAAUGUUGGAGACAUAUUGAUGAUGAUAAACAAUUAACAUCAAUUGUUGUUUCAUUAGAUAAAAAAAUGGAUACUUUAGCAAUUACAGGUUAUAAACCUGAAUCUGGGAAAAAAAAUAAAAAAAUUUCAAUAACAAUGACAGAAAAUAAUAGGUUAGUUGCAGAUAGUAGUUGGAUUUCAAGUGAAUCAAAUGAAGGAAUUUUAUUCAUUCAUGGUUAUGACCAUGAUUUAAAAGAUGCUCUUAAAAGAUUUGCCCAAUUUUUAGCAUUAGGCCAUUUUCCAAAUUAUAUUAAACCAUUUGUAUUUAAUUGGCCAUCUUCAACAUCACCAUUACUUUAUUGGUGCGCACAUUCAGUAGCAUCAGAUAAUGAUAAUCACAGAGAUUUACAAAAAUUCAUAGAGUCUUUAGGACAUGCUGGAAUUAGAAACUUACAUAUUAUGUGUCAUUCAAUGGGCACAAGAUUCUUUUUAAGAUCAUUUAGUAAAAUUAAAAAAGCAUUCUCAAAAGAAAAGCACAUUAAACCUCAAGAACAUUCAAACCAUCAAGUAAACAAACCAGAAAAGAAUAGUAAUAAAAUCAACCUUACCAAUUUAAUCUUUUUGAAUCCAGAUUACGAAAUCAAUACAUUUAAAAAUGACUAUGAUGAAUUAAGAACAUAUUGUCCAAGAAUCACAGUUUAUGCAGAUCACAGAGAUGAAGCAAUUAAAAUGGCAUUUAGAAUUACACAAAAAAGAAAUCUUGGUAAUAACAUUUUUGGCAUUCAAGAUGAUAUGGGUGGUCUUUUAGAUGUUGAUAUUAUUGAUACCGGUGAUUUAGAUUCAAAUAUGUCGGAACGUCAUCAUUCAUUCUUUAAUAUAAAUCGUUUAAUGGUUGAUGAUCUACACGAUUUAAUUGUAACUGGUAAAAGAGCAACUGAAAGAACUUCAAGAUUAAAGUCUGUCAAUAACAUUUUUAGAUUUUCAAUUUUACCAAGUAAUGUUGUAGUUGUAUAAACAUCCUCAUUAAAUAAAAUAAAUAAAAAUAUUUUAAUAC